AUGGAAAGUGAAGUUCAAUUGAUGAAAAGUGAAGUUGGUUUGAUGGAAAAUGAAAAAUUUAAAACCAAAGUUUUAACGUGGAUGUACGAAAAGUUUCUUGGAAUAAAAUUCGAUUUCUCGAGGGAGUCAGGGUGUGAAAUGUCUCAAGUAAGAACUUCACGUCCAACUGGGCCACCUAUUUCACAAUCAAAACGACCAAUCAUUAUUUAUCCGCCAGUCUCACCUGAAAGUAUUAUCGUGCCAAUAGUGUCAUGUAUCCUGGGGUUUCCGCUGCUAGCUCUUCUGGUAAUUUGCUGUUUAAGAAGACGCGCUAAGAUGGCCCGCGAACGGGCCAGAAGGAGGAACUGCGACCUGGACCAUGGAGCGCUUAAUCUUGUACGAUUUAGUCCGAUUCAUAGGCUAGUCGGAGUGGAAAAGCCUCUAAGAGCUGUUUCUUUAAAAAGCGAUAGACCUAUCAGGACGAUCCCGAACCUGGACCUCGACACGGUCCUUGAGGAGCGGUCAGAUGGCGAGCCAACGACCUCCGCUAUAGAGAUCAGCACUAUAAUCUGGUAUAUAUAUCAACAUGAACAUCAUAAUUUUCAAGAUUUUGAUUCUAAUAACGACCGUGAGGAUGAUUCGGGCUUCUCCGUGAAGCAGCAACGAUCUUCGCAUCGUUAUCUGGAGAGUCUGCUGCAUCGUCAACGAUAA